CCCAGGAUGUAAGCUUAGGUCCCCCGCCGCGAAAUCCCGCCCCCACUAGUCACCCACUCGCUGUCAACCUACCGACCUGUCUCCACCAUUCAGCAGCCAGCGAGUCGGGCAGUGAGACUGAGAGUCUCUGUCUCUCUGAGACGAUCAGUGUGGUUGUGGCCGUGGCCGUGAGUGGUGGUGGGCGUGCCAAGUCCUCAGCCAGCCAGUCCCUCGUGCCUCGCCUCACACUAAGGAGUUUCAGCAGCAAGAGGAGGAAGCAGAAUCACUAUCUCUGCUGAGGGUGAAAGUGGCGAGGAGGAUCCAACAAGGCAGCAGAUCAAACACGGACGGCAACACACUGAAGGGAGAGAGAUCUUGCUUCACCAACCGCUCCUUCGUUAGUAGCAGUAGGAGGCAAUGUUUUAAGGAGAGUGAAAGAGAAGUUAUAGGUUCAGGUAUAUUUUGUGUCUAAUAUUUUGGGACUGCUUAUAUUAGGAGGGGAAGAGGAAGAGAGAAAGAAUACGUAAAAGGGAGAGGUAUAAGGAGAAAAGGAAGAGGAAAAGAAAGAGCGAAGGAAGAAUAGUAGAAGGAGAAGAAGAAGUUGAAAAAGAAGAAGAAGAAGAAGGAAAGAAGUGAUUGUAGAAUACCAAGAAAAGCAAAUAAAUAGAUAAAUAAGGAAAAAAAGAAAAGAAAAGGCGAAGUAGAAGUAUAUAAAUAAAAGAAUAUAAGAACGCAAAAAAAGAAGAACAACAACAACUUCAAUCCCAACAACCUCCUCACAACACCAGCCUUCUUCAUCGCCACCUUCGCCAUGGAUUUCGACGAGAUCCUGCCAGACAUCGGGGAGUACGGGACCUACCAGAGGCUCGUGCUGUGGUUCCUGCUGCUACCGGGGACGAUGCCUUGCGGUUUUCACGCCUACAACCAACUCUUCAUGGCCUCCACUCCUGAGCACUGGUGCCGCGCCCCUGCAACAUUAGACGACGUGCCCCCUGACCUCGCCAAGAAUCUCAGCAUCCCUUAUGACAACACCACACACCAGUACAGCCGCUGCCAGAGGUACGACUACAACAUCACGCAGUACCUGGAGGAGUACGGAGCAGCAGCAACGGGUCCUCCUCCAGGGGCGCCCGUCAUCCCGUGUGACCAUGGAUGGGUGUUCAGUCAGGAUGAGCACUCCUCCUCGGUGGUGGCAGAUUGGGAGCUGGUGUGUGACCGGAGCUUCCUGCCCACCCUCGCCCUCGUGCUGCUUGGAGUCAGCGGCCUCAUCGGAAACUACGUCUUUGGCUACAUUCAGGACGGAUGUGGGCGCCGCCCCGCGUUUUUCAUCUACCUCGUGAUACAGUGCGCCUUCGGGAUCGGCACGGCCUUUACGCCCUCCUUCAUCUGGUGGCUGGUGUGUCGCGUGGGCGUGGGGUUCACCGUGCCUGCCAUCAUGUCCACGCCCAUGGUCCUUGCCAUUGAGCUGGUGGGUCCUUCAAAGCGCACAUACACCACCGUGGUGAUGAACGUGGCGUACUCCUUCACACUCAUCCUGCUGGCAGGUGUGGCCUAUCUAGUGAGGGACUGGGCACAACUCUCCCUUGCUACCACCAUUCCCUUCCUCUCAUUCCUCUUCUUCUGGUGGGUGCUGCCAGAGUCUCCCCGCUGGCUGCUGGCUAAUGGUCGUCUGGAUGAAGCAGAGAAGAUCAUGAAGAAGAUGGCCAGAGUGAAUGGCAAGACUCUCCCUCAGAACUACAUGGCCACGCUCAGGAGAAAAUAUGAAGUGGAGCAGUACAUGGCAGGCAAGGAGGAGAAGACCACCACCCCGAGGACCUAUGGAGUGCUGGAUCUCUUCCGCAGCCCCAACCUUUGCCGCAAGACCAUUAUCGUUACUUUCAUUUGGUUCACCAACACCUCAGUCUACGUGGGUCUCUCUUACUAUGCUCCGGCACUUGGGGGAGAUGCCUACCUCAACUUCUUCCUGGCAGGAGUGGCUGAGCUGCCCACCUACCUGUUCCUGUGGCCCUCCAUGGAGUACUGGGGUCGCCGCUGGACCCUCUGCUUUUCCAUGAUAGUGGGCGGCAGUGCUUGUGUGGCCACUGUUGUCACUCAGGAAGACCCCACAGUGACACUGGUGCUGUACUGUGUGGGCAAGUUUGGCAUCUCCUCUUCCUUUGUGGUGCUGCCCUUGAUGGCCUCUGAGUUGUACCCAACAGUGGUACGAGGCAUGGGUCUCUCGGUGUCGUCUGUGGCAGGGAUGAUAGGGCCUGUGGUCAUCCCUCUCAUCAACCAUUUGGGGUCAGAGAUGAUGGUGCUGCCUCUCAUCAUAAUGGGGAUACUGUUGAACCUUGGUGGGGUGUUCUCCCUCCUGCUGCCUGAGACCCUCCACCAGCACCUGCCACAAACACUGGAGGAGGGGGAGGAGUUCGGCAAGCACUGGACCCUUGCAGACUACUGUACCUGCUGCCCCAAGAGGCCGAGCAGUGCCAAUAGUAGGACAGUGCCAACAAGCUACAGUGAUGGCACCCAGGAAGUCAACACCCUCCUCUCCAGCAAGAGUGAUGAUGGUAAAUCUGAAAAUGACCUGAGGAAGAGAAGCUCCCAGCAGCAGCUUUAUGAGAAUGGCAGGAAGAGUCAGCAAGUGGGUGAGGAAGGAAAUGAAGGAGAGGAAAGUGCAGGAAUGAACCAAAGUCUCGUUACUUCUAGCCCAAAGAUUACGGUUGUUUAGAGUGGAAGGAAUUACAGCAGUCUGAAAGGAAGAGGAUAUCAGCUGUAUUAGUGAUCUACAGCACACGUGGUUGGAGAAAAAUAACUGCCAUUGGGACAUUUCUGGACAUCACAGUCUUCCAUUCUGAGGGAGAAACUUGUAGGCAUCUUGGGGAAAAACAAGGAACACCACUUUUCUUUAGUUGUGUGUGAGUUGGCCUCCUUAAGAAGUACAAGAAUGUGUCCUUAUUAUGGGUAAGUAACUAAGGAUCAUGCACACGCUUCUUUGUUUGUGUAGUUUGUAUUUUCGCUAAUAUGUAAACUUGAAUGAGAGGGUGGAACUAACCAGGGUGCAGUGAAGUGCCAAAUUACUGUAAGAAUCUAAUGCUAUAGUAAAGUGUAACAGUAGGUGGCAUUGUAUCUGGUUUAACAAAGAGGUGUAGAGGGACCAUCAUGUAUAGUUAAAUCUGUGUUGGUUUUCAUGUAGUUUUUCUUCUUUUUGUGUCUUCCCUUAGCAUUUGUUCACUGACUUAUUGGAUGCUUGUGAGAUGCUCUGAUUAUUUGUAGAGUUGCUGCCUGCUGUGACUUGCUCUGUCUUUGAGGUUUGAGGAGAGGCUAAGAGGGAGGGAAGGAGUAGUUGUGUGUGUGUGUGUGUGUGUGGAGAGAGAGAGAGAGAGAGAGAGAGAGAGAGAGAGAGAGAGAGAGAGAGAGAGAGAGAGAGAGAGAGAGAGAGCGAG